GAUCGAUAACCUCCUUAUCUACCACCCACUACUACUGCUCCGGAUUCUAUCCACCAUCUCAAUUCUCAACUCUCGAAUCUCGCAGCCAACUCAUGGCGUUUCGUCUCCCGCCCCAAGUCCCCCGUCGUCGCCCCUCGUACUCGACCUCCCACCCCUUCCCCGCCCUCGAUAACCCCUCCGCCCUCACCCAAUUACCCGAGAACGACGCAACAGAAUGGGUGCUCUUCUCGCCCACCCAGCAACCCUCGACCACCGCCCGCACCCACACCACCUCCACCGAUCGCACCCCGCGCACGCAAGGGGUCUCCCCUCUCAGUGACUUCGGCUCGUUUGGCACCGCCACCCGGUCUGCCGUUGGCCCCCACAGCGAGAUCCCCGAUGACGCGCUCGAGGAGCCCUUGGACGACGACGGGACAGAACUAGACAGUCUAGACGACGGGCUGCACGCCUUCCGGGCCCCGUCCCUGGUCCCAGAGGACCAAGGGGCCCCCGCAGCCCUCCCAGCCCAUGACGGACUCGGCAGUUUCCAGGCGUCGAGCCAGACCGUACAGAACCAGCUCUGGCAGCACGAGCAAUACAACCCCCAUCGAAGACCAGACCUGCAGCCCCGCCGUCGCUCCAGCGUCCAGCGGCAACUAGACGCCAUCACAAACGAGGAAGAAGCCGACGUCGAGAAAGAGCGAUGGCAACGCAUCGAGAAAUGGAGGAUGGAACAAAGCCGUGUGCUCUUGCAGGAGAUCGAGAAGGCGACGCGGAGACGGCGCGACAGCCGCGCCAGCGCCAUCAGUGACCUGGUGUCUGCCUAUCCGGCGGUUUCAGACGUUCCGGAUGCGGUCCUGGAAACGCCCAGAGAGAUGGAGUCUGCUUCUCCGACUGGGGAAGAAGAAGCAGGUGAAGAUGAGUCCCUGUGGCAACGCAUCACGCGGAAGGUGAUCCAGGAUCUGAUCGGGAUCGACGAUUCGUUGCUGUCUGUCAUUUUCGGGGAGUCUUUACCGUGCAUUGAAGACGAGGUACACCACGCUGCGUCGGGAACAGAUCAUGCCCCGAACAUCAGCGAGGUGCUGAAUCAAGAACUCGGCUCUGUGCCGGAGGACCAUCCCAUCUGGCAGACCAAAGUGCUCCAACGCAUCGCGCACGAGCUAGGCAUCCUGGUCAACCAGCUCUGCGAACACCCUGGGGCUUUCACGACAUAUCUGAACAUGUCUCACGAAAUCCCCAACCAGUACGCCGGGAUUCCUCUCGAUCGCGUGCCCGAAGAGAGCAACGCGCCCUCCACCACACUCGACCCCGCCACACUAGAGACAGCAACCAACGCUGACUCCAUCCUAUCACCACACUUCUCCCCGACACUAGGCGAUCCCAGCGGCCGCGAACAUGCCGCGCAAUGGGGCAUCGAGGACGAUGACUACACCCACCACCCCACCAACACCAAACCCGCCUUAUCAGACGUGCUCUCCGAACCCGCCCGCGCCCAGCAAGAAAAAGAAUACUGGGAGCGAGAACUCGACGUGAUGAUGGUCUUCCGGUACGUGCGCAACCGCUUCUCCCCCCGCGCCAGCACCACCGACCUACCAUACCACGGCCACGGCUCCCCGCGCAGAGCCCCCCAGGACGCAUCCCGUCGCGCAGCCAUCAUCCGCCAGCACCACCCCCUCGUCGCGCGCGCCCACUCGCGCUCCCAGGCCCAGAUCCGUCGCCAGUCCCAGUACGCUUCCGGGCCGACGGGCGUCUCCUCCCCCAUCCUGCGCCAGCACUUCCGUCGCCCCAGCUCCAGCUGCGCGAGCCAGAGCGCGAAGAUGUCCGCUAUCUCGAGCCGUCGUACUCUCACCGGCUCCAGUCGCAAUUACUGGGAUCUCGGCGGGAGUGUCGAUAGCGGGAGUGCCGUCGCGCCUGCAGCUGGUCUGGGGGCGUGGGGGGAGGUGUGAAUCCUACCAUAUACAUUCCCAUCCCAUUCCAUUCCAUUACAUCCCAUUCUAUCCCA